AAAAUAAUAAAAUAAAAAUUAAACGCGGCUGCUGAAUACACCAAAAACCAAAACCGGAGAGAGAGAGGAAUGUGCUAAUUCGAUUCCAGCUGAAGAAAUCGUACCAAAACGAUUCCGAAGCUGUAAGCUUUCAGAGGAAGAAAACAAUAUCGAAGCAAUUUUUCAUUGGGUUUAAGUUGAAUAGUUUGAUAUUUAAGAGUUGAAUCAUUCAACGUUGUUGAAUCCUGGGGGGGUGUGAUUCGCGAUCGGGGUUGGGUUUGAUUGUUUCAGAGGAAAUCCUUGGUGGGUUUUUCUUUCUGUGAAAUGGGUCGGGGAGAGUUUUGGAUUUGGAGGCGGGGAUGCGAAGAGGGAGCUCUGGGUUUGAGGGUUUGAUUAAAAAGUUGUUCUCUUUUACCUUUUUUUUUUUUUUUAAAAAAAAAAAAAAAAAAAAUUCUGGAUGAUUUCUGUUGGGGAUGGAAGGAAGGGGCUAGGGUUAGGAUUUGGUGGUGGGAGAGAGAUGGACGAGAAUGAGCUUGAAGAAGGCGAAGCUUGUUCGUACCGGAACGACAACGACGAUUACGACGCCAGCAUCGACCCAGAUGUUGCUCUGUCUUACAUUGAUGAGAAACUUCAAAAUGUUUUGGGACACUUUCAGAAAGAUUUUGAAGGUGGGGUUUCUGCAGAGAAUUUAGGAGCAAAGUUUGGAGGGUAUGGCUCGUUUUUACCUUCCUAUCAGCGAUCUCCUGUUUGUCCUCAUCCAAGGAGUCCUCCAAAAGUUCAGUACUCCAGCACAGCCAGAUCUCCCAACAAUUCUCUAUUGGAGGGUGGCCAUCACAACUCUUCAGUUUCUUCAACUGCACCUCAGUCAGUGAGACUUGUAGCAGCUUCCACUAGUUCCACAUCAUUGCCUGUAUUGAAGGAACCAUCCACGAAGGACUCUGUCAAACAAGAUGUCGGAACACCGUCUACUCGUGCUGAGGAAGUCAGUACUAGAUAUGAAUCUGAAAACAAGAAACUUACUAAUUUAUCAGACCAGAAAACACUAAAGGUUCGAAUCAAAGUGGGUUCUGAUAACUUGUCAAUACGAAAAAAUGCUGCAAUUUACAGCGGCCUUGGUCUUGAUGUCUCACCAUCGUCAUCAUUGAAUGACAGCCCUUCAGAAAGUGAAGGGAUGUCCCGGGAGCCCCAAGGUGUCCCAUUUGAAUCCCCCUCCAGUAUUCUUCAGAUUAUGACAUCCUUUCCGGUGUACGGGGAUCUACUCUUAUCACCCCUUUCCCAUGAUCUUAUUGACUUGAGUGAAAAGGAAAAGCUUAUGAAAGAUUAUAGAUCUAUGCCUGUGAGCAGGGGUGGCUUGGAAAGUUUGAACACGCUACCAAAUGGGUCUGAUUCUAGAAAGGCUGAUGGGAAAGUGUUAGGAGAAAAGAAAAUGAAAUCUUUGAAGCGAAAUGAUCUUUCAGCAGAAUUGAAGAGUUGUAAUAGUAAUGGUGCUUGGAAGGGAAAUGGGUUUAUAUCGAGGAAGGAACCAGACAUUGAUAUGUUGGCUUGUGAGGAGCUUGUUUCUAAGACUCUGAAGCUGCCGCUUCUUUCUAAUUCAAAUUACGCUGUUGGUGACAUGGAAAAAGGUACAGAUCGGGCCUCUGAUGCAUUAAGGGAAGCCAAUAUGGGUUUGCUAAAGGACAAAGAUUUCUCUGAGCUACCUAAAGAGGAACCGUUGGGGCCGACAUUCUCUCAAGAGGAUGGCUGGUUUGAGAAGUCAAAGGCUGGUUCAGCUGGAAAGUUUUGUGAAGAUAAGAAAGCAAGUUCUCUUGAUGACAUUUCAGUAUAUCCAAAAAAAGCUGCCCAUCCCAACAGAGAGAAAAGUUAUGACUCAGUAAAGUCUGAUUCAAAUGUUUAUAAGGGAAGGAAAGCUCUAAACACUGAACUCACAGAUCCUUUAAAGGACAAGGCUAAUCAGAAAGCUACUGUCCAUGAAAAAGACAGUAUGGGAUUGCCUCCUGAGAAGGAACAUUCUCUUUCUGGGAGUAAGAAAAAAUCAAAGGGAAGUCAAAGUAAUGGCACCCACGCUGCAGAGGUACCAAAAGUAAGCUUGAGGGUUGGUUCUUCGUCAGUUCCCAAAACAAAAAAGAGCACUCAUGCAGACAAUUAUACCUCUAAAAGUGAAGUGGAGGACUUGAAAUUACAAAAGGAUCUUGGAAGAGCUGGAGAAAAAUAUGGAGAUUUCUUUGGGAAAUUGGAAGAAGAGAACCAAAUGGAAUUGGAAGUGCCUUCUGAAGAUAAGGACUUCGAGGUGGUUGAGAAAAGCAUAGCUUCCAUUAACAAUGCUUCAGGUGAAAAAUCAAGCGAUAAGAAAUUUGAUAAGCUGUUGACAUCAGAGGCUCAUCCUAAAGUGGUUUCAAAUGGAGGUCCAUGCUAUGGGAAUGGGCCCAUUUCUAAUGCAGUUCCAGCAACAGGGGCUCCUUCAGUGAUAGACCUCGAUACUUGGGUGCAGUGUGACAGGUGUCAUAAAUGGCGGCUUCUUCCUUUUGGUACAAGCCCUAAAGACCUACCAGAGAAGUGGCUAUGUAGCAUGCUAGACUGGCUGCGUGGAAUGAAUCGGUGUAGUGUCACCCAGGAGGAAACAACAAAAGCUCUAUUCGCACUGUACCAAGUUCCUGCUCCUGAAAGUCAAACUAUGCAUGGUAAUCUUGGUGGGGUUAUAACUGGAGUAACCUUGGCUAAUGGUCGGCACCCUGACCAAAACCACCAAAAUAUUGGUGUACCUGCUAUGCCUUGUGGUGGAAAAAAGAAAGAUGGAUUAAAAGAACCAUCAGAUGCAACAUAUAAAGAUGGUCCCCCUCAAUUGUCAAAUUCAAUGAAGAAAAACUUGCCAGCUUCAGUGAAAGGUAGGAGCCUAAAUGAUGUGAGCCAAUCUCCUCUGAUGGGAGAACCCGAUUUUCAGCAGCAAAGCAAGUCCAGUGAACUACCUGUGAAAAAACAUAAAGAGAAGCAAAAAGUACGUGACAACUAUUCUGAUGGAGGUGAUACAAAGAAUUUAAAGAUGAAAAGCAGAAAGGAUAAUAGUGAUCAAGAUUGUUCUAGAGCUUCCAAGAAAAUCAAGACUGAAGUUAUGCAUUUUACUGAUAAAGAUGGGAUGUCGGACCACGGUGUGCCCGCUGGGAAGAUAGGUCCUACUGCAAAUAGUGGUUUUUCUACUGCAUUAUCUGAGAGGGAUCAGCCUAAAUACAACGAACGCUCCUUGUUUAAGGACUCAAGGGAUGAUACAACGGGCGACUUACAUGUUUCUGUUAAGAAGGCAAAACACACUGUUUCAGUUCCCUUGGAAAUGGGAACCUCUGAUGGUAGAGAAAACUCUGAAAAGAGGAAAGUGAGGGACAACGAUGACUACCGGAAGGAAAGGAAGUUAAGGGUAUCCAAGUCUGAGGGGAAAGAAUCCAGGGCAAGUAGAGACAGUGGCAGAACAGACAAAAAAAGUAGUCGUGCAAAGAACCACCAACUUGGGAAAGAUCUAGAGAGCAAUCUGUCUCAGCGAAGCUUGGAUUGUAUGGAUUCUUUGAGAAGGGAUGUGGGAUCUCUGCAGCCUUCCAUGGCAGCUACUUCAAGCUCUUCUAAGGUUUCUGGUUCCCAUAAAACAAAGGCCAGCUUCCAGGAAGUGAAAGGCUCACCAGUUGAAUCAGUUUCUUCAUCACCUAUGAGAAUUUCUAAUUCAGAAAAGCUUACAUCAGCAAGUAGGGACCUCAAGGGGAAAGAUGACCAUCCAGAUACUGGUCUCUUUGCCAUAGGUAGUCCAAGAAGGUGCUCGGAUGCUGAAGAUAAUGAUGGGAGUGAUCGAUCUGGGACAGCAAGGAAGGACCAAACAUUCAGUGUGGCUUAUCACAGGCCCCUUGGGUCCUCUGAGCUUGAUUUUCAAGACAGGGAUUUUACUCACGUAUCAGAUGGUAAAGCUAGAACUCAGAUUGUGCCUUCUCCUAAUAUUGCAAACAGCCAUUUUACAAAUGGUGGGGUCUAUAAUUUAGGCCAGGAUACUCCAUAUCCUAGUAAACAACAGUCUUCAAAUCAAUGCCACGAUGAUGAUAGACAGACUGACAGUCAUCCUCGUACUAAUGAGUCUCGUCCAAGGAAGUCUGGAAAGGGGUCCUCUUCACGGUUGAAGGACAAAAACCGGAGUUUUAAAACUGACUUUGAUAUGGAUAAGGUCAAGAUUUCUGAUUCUCUCUUUGACCUUCAAGACCACCCUCCUUCCCAUGAAGUAAAACCUAGGGAUGGUAAAAACCAGUUGCAGGAGAAGUUUGGAAUCAAGUCAGAUGAAGCUGACAACAAAUAUGUCAGUAAGAAAGAUCCUGCAGGAAAACUGUCAAGUGAGAGUAGUAAAAGAGAGAGCCAGUUAAAGCUUGGAGAGCAUGAUGGUCCACACAUCAAAGUAGAUUCUACCUGCCGACUGGAUGCAUUGUCUACAGCAAAGCAAAAUCUGCAGCAAGACUGUGAUGGUGAAAGAUCUUCAAAGAGGUUCCCUUCUGACAAAACUGAUCAAGUUGGGCUACUUUCUGGGAGAGGGAAGUCACUACCACUACCACCGUCUGGAGGACCUCAAAUUGAGACACUGAACCGUUGUCCCAGACCAGCAACUGGGUCCCAAAAUGGAAAUGGAGUAGAUAGUUCAGCAGUUGAUGCCUCUGAAGGUGAUGAUGCAUAUAAGAUGCGAAAACAAAUGAGAAAGGCUGAUCAGCAGAAUGGAACUCAGCACAUUAGUUCAAGACAUUCCACACCGAAUGGGCAGAAGGGCAGGGAACUUGAUGCCCCUAGUCCAGCUAGAAGAGAUUCCUCCAGCCAGGCUGCUAACAACGCUCUGAAAGAAGCUAAAGAUCUAAAACACUUGGCCGAUCGUCUUAAGAACUCUGGGUCAAUUCUUGAGAGUACAGGACUUUACUUUGAGGCGGCCCUCAAGUUUCUUUAUGGAGCCUCUCUAUUGGAGUCUGGGCACUGUGAGAGUUCCAAACAUAGUGAGAUAAUUCAAUCGAAGCAAGUGUAUAGCAGCACCGCAAAACUAUGCGAGUAUUGUGCCCAUGAAUAUGAGAAAUCCAAACACAUGGCUGCUGCUGCUCUGGCCUACAAAUGCAUGGAGGUGGCUUAUAUGAGGGUAGUUUAUUUCUCACAUACUAGUGCAAGUAGAGAUCGCCACCAGUUGCAGACUGCUCUACAAAUGGUUCCUCCUGGUGAGUCUCCUUCUUCAUCUGCCUCUGAUCUUGACAACUUAAACAACCCCACCACAGUGGACAAGGUUACCUUAUCAAAGGGUGUUAGCUCUCCCCAAGUUGCUGGAAACCAUGUCAUUGCUGCCCAAAGCCGUCCCAACUUUGUGCGGUUGCUCAGUUUUGCACAGGAUGUAAAUUUUGCAAUGGAAGCCUCAAGGAAAUCACGGCUUGCUUUUGCAGCUGCUAAUGUAAGCUUGGGUGAGAACAAAGUUGGGGAGAGUAUCUCUUCCAUUAAAAGGGCUCUUGAUUUUAACUUCCAAGAUGUUGAGGGAUGUCUACGUUUGGUACGGCUUGCGAUGGAGGCCAUUAGCCGUUAAAGAAUCAAAAGUGGUUAUGGAGACAAUUCAACCCUGGGAAGAAAGUAAUUUUGGUUGGUGUAUCCUGUGUAUUAAGCCUUUAAGGAACAAAAGAAAAGAGGCUGACCUGGAUCUCUCUGCCACACUGCAUGAUAGUUCUCGCGAGACUGGUCCUCACCAACUUGCAAAGUUAGUGCACUCUAUACAUUUUUUGUGAUGCAAGAUGAGUAAUGGCAUCUUCAAAUGAACAUUUUAAGGGGCUGUAUCUGCUUUCUGAAUUGGACAAGGGACAAAUUGAGGAAGUGUGAAUCACUUAAGGUUCUGCCAAAAUGAUUUUGAGAUUUUUGAUGUAUAUGGAUGGAUAUAUGAUCCUUCAGGAUUGUGGUUGAAGAUAUAAUGGUUGGGGUGUUUGAAUUUUGAUACCAAAACUUCAAUUGGCCUCUUUUUUCUUCGAAGGAAGUUGUAGUUCUUCUGUCCUGUCAAUUUGAUGUUUACUUUGUUUGGAGACAACUUGAAGCAUGGGGAGCUGCCCGAAUGUGCAUCGACUCUGUCAUAUUGGUUUACCAGCACCGACACUUCAGAGUAUAGAGCAUAAAAGAAAUGGCAGUCUCAUGUGGUCUUCUAUAGUUUCUAUUAUUGUAGGUGGGAAUAAUGUUCUCUUUAUUGUUGAUAGACACAAGCAGGAAUAAGUCAGCAAAAAUUGUAUAAAAGAAAGUAAAUCACAGUAAUAACCAUGCAGCUUUCAGAACUGCAUUCAUCAAGUGUUUUCCUUAAGAGUGUCUAUAUUUGUAAAUAUGCAAAUCAUUGAUUCACAUUCAUACCAGAACAGCUUAAGUUUCUUUUUUCAAAAGGCUGGAGGGAGUGUAAUACCAUACCAUCAGCUAGCGGCAUUUGGAUCCAAUAGUAACAGGUUAAGUAAUUAAAACGCAGUGGCCAUGGAAGCAUGGUUGGCAGCAGUGGAAAAUUUGACUUCUCUAUUCCCAUCACCAUCACUCUACUUUGUCUCUUUUAUUUUUAGUUGAUUUGUAAAUUGUAAUUAACUCAUUAAUGACGAGAUUUUUGACCCCUCUCCGGACUUGCAUACCCUUACACCUGUAUAAUGAUAGUAACAUUUGUCCAAUUCUUCUUAAUAAAAUCUUAUAUCUUUUAAUUUUUCAA